AUGCGUAAGGAGGACACACCAUUUUGCCCUGAAGGAUUAGAGAAAGUUACCAGGCCCCGGACAGAAACGUCGUGGCCCACCAGGAAACGUCGUCCCUGUAAGAUUGCUGAUAUAGUGUACAAGGCACAGAAAAUCCUGGGUAUUAAAACACUUUUAGGACGUGAUAUUCCCUUGGAUGACAUACCCGUGUUCAGUGACUGGAGUGUAGUUGAGAAGCAUCAAAACGGCUUUCACUGGGAAGUUGAGUGGGAUUCAGUAGAGAAUCCAAUGAUGGAUGUAGAUGAAGAUAAUUAUGAUGAUGAUGAUAAUGAUAAUGACGAUAUCGAUGACAUAGGACUUCUUGCUCAAAGAUACUAUUAA